CGGAGCAUGAUUAGUCUGACAACAUUGCCAGAAUCAUUUUGGGGAUAUGCAUUGAAAACAGCAGCGCACACACUCAACAGAGUUCCAUCUAAAGCUGUCGAGAGCACACCAUACGAACUAUGGCGUGGGAGAAAACCGAGUUUCUCGUACUUUAAGAUUUGGGGCUGUGAAGCUUAUGUAAAACGUCUCAUGACGUCUAGUAAGUUGGAGCCUAAAUCUGAUAAAGUAAUUUUUGUGGGAUACCCCAAGGAAACUAGAGGGUAUGAGUUCUAUCAUCCAUCCGAUAACAAAAUCUUUGUUGCUCGGAAUGGAACCUUCCUUGAGAAGGAGUUUCUUUCUGCUAUCACUAGUGGGAGAAAGGUAGACCUCGAAGAAAUUCGAGAACCACAAGAAGAAGUCCCGAUAGUGUUGGAACCUGAGCAAAGAGAUCAAGCAAUUGAACCUCAAAUUGCUCAAGAUAUACCACGUAGGUCAGACCGGAUAUGUAAUCCUCCGGUCAGAUAUGGAUUUCUCAUGUCUGAUGAAGGUGACGUCUUGUUGGUAGAUCAAGGCGAACCAGAGACCUACCUCGAGGCAAUUACAUGCCCCGAAUCCGAUCUAUGCUCGAAGCCAUGAAAUCUGAAAUGGAGUCUAUGUACACAAACCAAAAGAACUCUGACGAAUCUUGUGUAUACAAGAAGGUCAGUGGGAGUGUAAUAGUAUUCCUAAUCUUAUAUGUCGAUGACAUAUUGUUAAUGGGUAACGAUAUUCCCGCUCUCACUUCUGUAAAGACGUGGUUGAGCGAGAACUUCUCCAUGAAAGACUUAGGGGAUGCUAGUUAUGUUCUUGGCAUAAGAAUCUACCGAGAUAGAUCAAGAAAGUUAAUAGGUCUAAAUCAAAGUGCAUAUAUAGAUAAAAUCCUUGAUCGAUUUAGCAUGUCUAACUCAAAGAAAGGAUCUUUACCUAU